GGUUAGGGUGUAUAAAACGAACUGUCACUUGCCACUCGAAUUUGUGUGCAUAAAUAAAAACUGUUUUCACGCAAAAUAUCAAGAAAUUUUGAAGAUUUUCCAAGUUAUUUGCUUGCAUUGUAAAAGAGAAGUUCGAUUUGCAGUUUAAGGAAUAAAAACAAACAAAAACUUCGAGAAUGCAGCUCGGCAUUGUAGCGGACACGAAGAUGCUGUGCCGGGUUUGCAUGGUACCCGUCGAGGAACAUCCGGCGAACCUGUACGACGAUGCGUCCCCGUUCGGUCUGCCCAGUUUGCACGACAUGCUGCGGACGAUUUGCGCUCCGGUGUUUGCGAAACCCGAAGCGGAAGCCAUCGUGCCGAACAUGCCGACCAUUGUUUGUCUGGUGUGUCGGAACGCGAUCGUGGCGGCCUACAACCUGCAUCAGCAGUGCAUCGAGACCGAUCGACGGCUGGGUGAGUUGGUAGCUUUGAUGUGGGAACUCCAAGGUCCCGGCAGCGAUGAGAUUGGUGAGGUUUCCGAAGAUCCUCCCAAGAGCAGUAUCAAGGAGGUACCAAUUUCGGAGGAAACAAUGGUUGAGAGCGUUGAGAUCAAGGAUCAGUCUGCGCAGCAAGGUUGUUCACAGCGAGGAAACGCUGACGACAAAACUUGUGUGGAAUGUGGGAAGACGUUUUCAAGCCGGUGGACCUUGGUCAGGCAUAAACGGGAAGGUUGGUGUGAUAAGACGAACGACCCCAUGAUGCGCACGUGUGAUAUCUGCAAUAAGGUUUUAAAGACCGUUCAAUUGCUGAAAAGACAUCGUCAAAUGCAUGAUAGCAGACCGUGUCCUCCGCUGAAUUAUCCGGAACUUCCAGCUUCAACACAAGAGGAGAUUUCGGAAGGAGAUAGGCCCGCCGAGGAGAGUUCGGUGUUGAAUAAUGAGCAAGUGGAUUCGGUAACGGUCGAAGCCUUAGACCUGAUGGAUGAAAGCCAAAGUCACAACGAAGAAGAGGUCGUCGAUGCGCGUGGCAUGAAAUGCACCAAUUGCGGUAUAUCAUUCUCCUCAAACCUAUCGUAUCGAAAUCACAUGCUGGAAAAAAGCUGCCAGCAAAAACAACUAUUUCCGUGCACAAAAUGUGGAAAAACCUUCGACAAACUUACAAGAAUGCAGUACCACAGACGUAACCAUAAGGAACGGCUAGCUUGUCAUUUGUGUAAUCAAACAUUCAAGAAUAGAGACUGUCUGCGGAUACAUCACGCGCGUAAAUUUUGUUUGGGGAUCGAGACAAGCACCUCCGAGGCCGUGUGCCAAGAAGAACAAGGCCAGGUGCGAAAAGACGAACCAGUAGUCAAUGUAAACAAAACAUGUAUGCGUUGUGGCAAAACAUUUGCAACCGGUUGGACUUUGAAAAGACACAAAAAUGAAGGCAGGUGUGAGGGUCCGAAUGUCUCCAUGGCGCGCACCUGUGUGAUCUGCUGUCAAGUUUUUAAGACGGUUAAGUUGUUGAGAAAACACCUUCAAAUCCAUGAGGGCACCGAGGAAGCAGAGUCCAACGAGGCGGAGCUUCCAGCAGUAGAGGAGAUCCCGUUACUGAAUACCGAGCAAGUGGAUAUGAUAAAGGUCGAAGCUCUAGACCUGACGGAUGAAAACGAAGAAGCGGUCAACGAAGUGCGUGUCUGGAAAUGUACCGAUUGCGGCAUAACGUUUUCCUCAACCGCAUCGUAUCGAAAGCACACGCUCGAAGCGGACCCGAAAAGGCUGUGCCGGAUUUGCAUGGCCGGCGCGAACGAACACUUUGUGGACCUGUACGAUGCCGCCUCGUUCGGUCUGCCCAGUUUGCACGGAAUGCUGCGGACGAUUUGCGCUCCGGUCUUUGCAAAGCCCGAAGCCGAAGACGUCGUUGUCCUGCCGCAGAUGAUGCCGACGAAGGUGUGCUUGGAGUGCCGGAACGCAACCGUGGCGGCCUACGACCUGCACCAGCAGUGCAUCGAAGCUGACCGCCGGCUGGGCGAGCUGAUAGCUUUGAUGUGGGAACUCCAGGGACCCGGAGGUGAUGAGAUUGGUGACGACGGCAUUGAACAGGUAAAGUGUGAUGAACCGUGUGCUGCGCCGGAAUUUCCGGCUACGUCUCAAGAACACGAGGACACGCUGAUAGAAACUCAGAAAGAGGAAAUGAUCGAUUCAGAUUCCAUGCUGAUGGAAGAAGUGCUGAACCGAGAUGAAAAAUGUAGCGAGUGUGGCAUAUCGUUCUCGUCGUUCAUAGCACACCGGAAGCACACCCAAGAGGGAAAUUGUCGUCGAACGCACACUUAUCCGUGCAGAAUUUGUGGAAAGGUCUUUGACAAGCAAACCAGACUGCAGUACCACAUGUACAGCCACAAGGAGCGCGUGGCUUGCGAGUGGUGUGACGAAACGUUCCGUAACCGAGGUGGUCUGCUGGUGCAUAUCAACCGUAAACGCUGCCCGGGCAAAAAGUCCCAGGAGGAACCGACAAGCAGCGCGGAAGUGCAAGAACAGGACGAAGAUACUGCAAUCGACAUGCAAUGCAAGAAGUGUGGAGUUUCGUUUACGUCGAGCAAAGCGCAAAGAACGCACAUGCAGGAAGGAAAUUGCCAGCAAGGGCCAACCUUUCCGUGUACAAUUUGUGGCAAGACCUUUGACAAACUGAGCAGAAUGCAGUACCACUUGUACACCCACAGGGAGCGCUUCCCCUGCCCGAGGUGUGUGCAAACGUUCCGAUACAAAACGCAUCUGCGGAGGCAUCUCGCUAAUAAAAGUUGUAAAGUUAUGAAAGCGAGCAUCUCCCAGGACGUGGCCACCAGUCAGGAGCCGGAAGAACACGAUACGAGCGAAGAUCCACUGUUGGCCAGCGAAAUCAAAGUUGAAGAACCGGAAAUCGAAGACGCAGAGACGGAAUUGGACAGCGAAGUCUUUGUGGAGCAAAUUGCUGUCCCUGAGGAGGGGCACAAGAAAGAUGGAAGAUGUCUGCAAGAAUCGGAACAAUCGCCAAAGCUAUUUGCGUGUGACCUGUGUGAGAAAUCGUUUACUUCAGUCGUUGGUUUGGUGCGCCACAAAAACAAACACGUCGAUCGAGGCUAUUGCGACAAAUGCAGAAAAUUGUUUAAAUCCAAGGCUGAUCUAGAGACGCACAUCGCAAGGGGAGUAUGUUUGGGUGAUAUGGCGAGGACCUGCUUGGUUUGCAAGAAACUCUUCGAAACGAUGGUGGAAUACAGAAAACAUCGUCGAGAGGCUCAUCAGGGACCCAUCGAUUGCACGGAUUGUGGUCGAACGCUAAGAAACUUUCAUUCGUUUUACGUUCACGUAAGGGAAAGAUAUUGCAAGAACAUAAAAAAUCGAUCCGCCAAGGGAGGAAAGUGCAAAAUCUGCGGAGAAGUGCAAGCAUCCAUUCCACAGCUUAAACUGCACAUGAAAGCGAAACAUUUGGGCAAGAUCUUCUAUUGCGCCGCCUGCCAACUUCACUUCCCCACCCAACAAAAGUUCGAUGCACACACGGAGAAGCACGCCCAAAAAUUGGUCAAUAUUUGCCAAACCUGCAACACUAGCUUCCCCACGCUGGCAGCCCUGAAAAGGCAUAAAUUUACCCACAUGAAGCCUGUGAAAUGCGUCGUUUGCGGGCGACCCUUUAGCAGCAAAUAUCAUCUCAAGGUGCACAUGUCACACACACAUACGGGUGAAAACCCGCACGCCUGCGAACUGUGCCCAGCGCGAUUCAGGACGGUUGCUGGCAAGCAAAAACACUUGCGAACCCACUCGAGCGAACCCAGCGACGAGCAGCAGCAGCAACGAGCGGAAGAAGCAGGUGCAGAUAUGGAGUAGGUGUCGAAAAGCAUAACCUGGUAUUGUUUCAUUUUAAUGUUGAUUAGUAAAAGAAAAAUAAAAUUAAUUUAACUUCCUGUACAAAAGACAUAAAAGCUUAACUUGGUCAUUCACCUUCUCAAAAACCGAAUCUUAAUUUAGGGUACCGUGGAGAUUUUCCCUUGUCUUCUUAAAACAUUAACAUUAACAAUGCAGUACCCGAUUCGAGUUGUGAAACGACAAUGGAGCACU